AUGGCCACAAGCAAGAGACUAACUUUCCCACGGAGCUUAUUGGUGUCGGACACAAGCUUUCUCAGCAAUCGUCGUCGGAACGAGACCGAAAAGCGCAUGAGCCCACAUUGCAGUACAGGCAACCUUCUACCAUUUUCUCACGCCCGUGCACGCUGCAGACUGAAGGACACUGGCUACGCUUUUCUUCGUUCUUCCAUGACGGAGAGGCCCGUUGGCGUCCGCCGCUUCGCGUCAGCCACAAGCGGCAUGGGCUGCAUACUCCUUCUUGAGCUAUCUCGUGCGCAGCCGCAAGGCGUGUGCGUUCGUGUAUUUCAGUCUCAUCACUGGCUUUCGCGCGUUCUCGACUCGUCGAGUGCUCGACUGCCACGAGCGUCAAUCUACGGUGUCGGAGUCGGCAAGAGGCGCAGAGCAACCAGCCGACACCGAACCAGCGCCCGUGAGUCGUUGGACGCCUUCGAAGCAACAGUCCGGAUCGACCGACCCUUGGACAACGUGUAG